UAAAUAAUAGUUUGAGAAGAAUAUUUUAAAAGCCCCUAACCCAAUCCUAAAUCUAAAUAAAUCUCUCAAUUCUUCCAGAAAACAGUGUGAAACACACAUGAGAGUUUACAUUUAUACAGAAAUCUUUUGAAUUAGUUUCUUGCUAAAUUAGGACAAAUAAUGGACAGUUUCACUUUGUGGCAGCGCAGCAUUAUCAUUUUAAAUUCAUGCAGUAUUUUAAUUUUAAUAAAAAAAUAUUUUGUGCUUUAUAGGGGGUCCCUCAAUGCUUAUAGGAGGUCUGGGACCACCCCCUCCUUCAAUUCGAGCAUUGUUUACAACAUUAUUGCUUUUGCAGCGCUGAAAUUAAAUUCAAUCACAUCACUGUUCUUCAUGUCAUUUUCAUUGUGGUAAACUUUAUGCAUUUAAAAUUACAUUCAGUUUAUAACAUAAUGCAGUUAUGCAUUAAUGCCACAAUUGAGCCACAUUAAAUCAGUCAUUAAAAAGAAAAUAAAUAAACAUUAACCCCAUUUCAGAUGUAACUUACUUAUUGAAUUAAUUGAUAGGCUAUUUGUAUUUGACAUAAAAGUUGGUCAACACUUUUAUUUUCGUUCUUUUCGCUCAAAAGAUUGUUAGAAAUGUAAGUGUGUGCAUUUGAGUCAAGAAAAAAACCAUGUCGAAGACAAAAAUGUUCUGUCUUUGUGUUCUGUUCAUUUUUAUGAAUGAAAUGGGUGCACUCUUUCCUUGUUGAACAUUUCAUAUUAUGCCCCGGGGGUUAGGGUUGGCCCAUGCAUGUUAGAUCAUGUAUCACUGUACAGUUUUAUGUUCCUGUAAGAAUGAAGUCCUUAUAAACUCUGAACAAGAAGUCCAUCAAAUUUUGUUUUUGUGAUCUGUGUAUCGAGUGUUUUUCUGCAGCUAAAGACAGAAGUUGAGAGACUGUAAUUGUUCAUUGGUGGGGUGACCGGAUGUCGUCCCCCUGCAGCUGUGUUUCAUUACAUGGACAGAUGAAUAGCUUUUUUUCACCCCUGAGAAUAAUGGGGGUUGGAAUGCAAAGCAGUAUAAAGUCUGUGUUAGAAAGUCUUAGUGUUUCACAACAGCAAGACACAAGCUACCCGACAAAGCUAAACGUGUAGGAAAACCUUUAACUUGUUUCCUUCAAGAAUAUCACUUAAAAAUUUCACUCCCACAAAAAGAGAAACAAGCACGCAAGCUCUCGAUCCGCCACUAUGAGUUCUGCAGAAGAUUUCUCAAAGGGUCCGUCAAAGGACAUCAGUGAUAAAAUUGUGCUAAUUGUCGGUGGGGUCAUACAUGAGACGUACAAAAGCACCCUAAUGACCGUUACAGGGUCACGGCUCGCCAAGCUGGUUGACAUCGAGACGCCUCCUAAAGAAGUCUGUUUUGAUCGUCACCCCGAAAUAUUCACCCAUAUCCUUCACUACUACAGAAGCGGAAAGCUGCACUGUCCCACCAACCUGUGUGGGGUUCUGCUGGAGGAAGAGUUUGAUUUCUGGGGUAUCAGCGUCGCAGAUGUUGAGCCCUGCUGUUGGGUUGCGUUUCAAAAACAUAGAGAUGCAAUGGAAACCUUGGCUCAGAUCGACCCUUCAGUGAUGGACCAAAGAAACAGGUCAAAGUUAUGGGUGCUGUUUGAUGACCCACUUUCAUCUGUCACUGCUAAGGUCAUCGCUGUUACAUCUCUAAUCUUCAUCCUGCUCUCCAUUAUUGCGUUCACUCUUAACACCAAUGAACACAUUAAUCCUGAGAUCCUACACAAUCAAACUUUGGCACACAACACGAGCUGGACAGAAGAAAUGAUUCAUUAUAGAAAAAAUUCCAGAGUUUUUGGUGCUAUCGAGUUAGUGUGUUCGAUAUGGUUCAUCUUGGAGUUCCUGAUCCGUGUCAUCUGUUGCCCAAGCAAAUGUCGCUUCUUCAUGAACCUUCUGAACAUAGUGGACCUGCUGGCCCUCUUCCCGAUGUUGUUUCACUUGUGUUUGGGGGAACUCUGCGUCAAAGUGUUGGGUUUCCUCCAUGUAAUGCGAUGCAUACGUUUAUUGCGUGUCUUCAAACUGAUGCAGCACAUGUAUGGCGUAAAAGUCCUCAUCCACACGCUGCAUGCCAGCGCGGCGGCCCUCUGCGCUGUUCCAGUGGCUCUGUUUUGCUGCACCAUCAUCUUCGGUACAAUGAUUUAUUACACAGAACUAGAUGAGUAUCACGGUUACUUUCAAGACAUCCCAUCCAGCUUUUGGUGGGCUGUGGUGACACUGACCACAGUGGGUUAUGGAGACAUGCUACCCAUUAGUGUUCCGGGUCGGUUUGUUGCGGCUCUAUGCGCAACGGUUGGGGUUUUCAUCAUUGUCCUACCAGUGCCAAUCAUCGUCAAUAACUUCCUCAUGUUCUAUUCAUUGGUCAAGGCAAAGACUGCAAUACCCAAAAUGAAGUCGUCUAAUGUUGACCCUUCGUAUUCCAGGAUCUCCGCUUAGAGCAGAGUUGGGUAUCUAAACAUAUCAUGGAAAUGUACAGUUUGAUAUAAGUUGUGUUUUGGUCAGAGCCUUGGUCCCCCCUUGACUGGUUCUUGGUCCUCCCAUUUGCCAACCCAUUAAAAAAAUCCUUUAUUAAUCUUUGUUAAUGCCAAUACCGUUUUUCUUGUUAGUUCAUGGUGCAUUAAAUAAUGAUCUUUUGAUUUUAAAUAUAUAUUAGUAAAUGCUAAAAUAAAGUAAGAUUAAUAAAUACUGUUCGUUGUUAGUUUAUGUUAGCUAAAGGCGUCAUGCAGUUUUUUGAGGUAUGCAUGCAACCUCCAAAUCAAAAAAGCGCCCAUCAAUCAUUUUUUUUUGUCUUUUGGUCAUUUAAUAUGCACAAUGCUAUCAGUUCUGUGCUCCAUCCUUGUCAUUUUUUAGAGAUUUAUAGUUUUUUUUUUUAUCAUAUUACAUGUUGCUUCAUUCAGGUGGCAGGCACUGCAGACGUCACCAGCAUUUGAGCUCAUUGCUGCUGCAUUUUAUUAUCUGAAUAAUUAAAAUCUAAUCAGAAACACUCAUAACACUUCCAAACGCGAGUACGUUAAUGUGCAGUUAAAGGCGGGGUGCAUGAUUUUUGAAAAACACUAGGGAGUCGGGCCGAGUACCAAAACACACUUGUAGCCAAUCAGCAGUAAGGGGCGUGUCUACUAACCGACAUCGUUGCCUGAGUUGCGUAUGUGUGGGGCGGGUCUUUUAAAAGGUCUAGAUUAUAUUGGGGUAGGGGUGUGUUUGUUUAGGUGCUUUCAAAUGUCAACAUUGGCUUUCAAAGAUCAUGCACUCCGCAUUUAACCCUCGAUGUGUAAAAAAGGUAUGUUUAAAAAUGUGAUUAGUAGAUUUUUAGAUCAGUGGCGGCUCGUGACUGCUCAUCCGAGGGGUGCAAAUUCAAAAUAUGUGUUCGUAGUGUCAUGUGUGUUGCUUGUGUUUUCAAAAUAUGUGUUUGUUGCGUUAUGUAAACCAUGCACAUCACGUGUUUUUUUGUCAAAAUAAGUGCCUGCUGCACACGCGUCAAAACCGUUUAUGAUAAAAGAGACGCUCACGUUCACAAAAUACACGCAAGACUUAACACUAAACUCUGAUUACGCAUGAGAUUAUGCGAGUAUCUGGCAAACGCAAGCGUCUUUUUUUAUCAUAAACUCUUUAGGUGCGUCUUCAACAGGCACUUAUUUUGACAAGACACGUGAUGCACAUAGGCAGUGUUGGGGAAAGUUACUUUUAAAAGUAAUGCAUUACAAUAUUUAGUUACUCCCCAAAAAAGUAACUAAUUGCGUUACUUAGUUACUUUUCAUGAAAAGUAAUGCUUACGUUACUUUUAAGUUACUUUUGCGUUACUUUUUCUCACUUUGUUGAGGCUUGAUCACUUUGAGGCCUUGCAGGUGUUUUUUAUGAUCGCAAAAAUGUUAAGCUCUGGCCUGCCAUCCCCGUUUCUGACUCAAACUGUUCCCGCUCAGGAGCACAGAGUUCGUAAUUUUACGUUAAUUAGUAAUUCAGUUCAGUUUAAUUUAGUAAUUUUUUUUUUUUAAUUGAAUUAAUUAAACUGAAAAGUAACUCGCAUUACUUUUUUUAAAAGUAACUCAAAUAUUAAUGUGUACAUUUAUAAAGUAAUGCGUUACUUUACUCGUUACUUCAGAAAAGUAAUAUUAUUACGUAAUGCGCGUUACUUGUAAUGCGUUACCCCCAACACUGCACAUAGGAUCACUCGACGCGCAGAACGCAUAUUUUAGAAUUACGAUCCACACACAUUACGGGCUACAUACAUGUUGUGAUGAACUUCGCAUGGAGUGCCCUCGUAAAAAGAAGUCACCGGCCGCCACUGUUUUAGAUUCAUUUAUAGAUACAACAGCAGACUUCACACACAGUAUGGUAAAAUUUUAUGCAAAAUGCGUUCCUUUAAUAAUUUUAUAUAAACAUGUUUUUAUUUGUAGUAAAUUAAAAUUGAAAAAAAGUGUAGAUAACAGCCAGUGUUCAAAUUAUGUUCAGAUCCCCCCGGCCAAGCCUUGUCAUUAUAGGGUCGCUGUGAUUUCACAAAGGAAGAUGUGAUCCAUUUUUUUCAUGUUUUAAUCGAAUGAAAAAAAUAUGUUGGUAAAACUACACGCCAAUUGAAAAAAAGAAUUAGUGAACACAAGAGCUCUAUUCGAAGAAAAGACAUUAACUAUUCGGUUGCGGCACACUUUAUGGCCACUGAGAGGGGGAGACAUUGACAUGCUCCUACAGAGACGUGAAUUAUUUUGGAUUUUCACUCUGCAAACAUUAUCGCCUCUUGGUUUAAACGAUGAAGCCCUGUUUAAUGUGAUGUUAUAAUCUUGAAAAAACGGUUGUUUUUAAAAUUGUUGAUGGAAUUUUGCAUUAUGCUUAUUUAUUCGAACUAUUCUAACUAUAAAGUCAUUAUAGACUUUUUCUGAGUUGUUUAUGAUAUUGAGGUUGUUGAUGUGAUGAGAAAAUUUGUAUUCAAAUGUGAUUGGUAAUUGAAGGUCCGAUACUGUAAUUUGUCGGUGACUAUUAUGUGAUUGGUCUAUGCAUUUUUUAAAAACUUUGUGAAACCAUAAUCAUGUUUAUAUGCCUGAGGAAGAUCAUGUGAUCGAAACGUCGCAGCAAUAAAUAUUUUGUAUAUUUUGCAAGUUA